AUGCUUCCUGACAAAUAUGUCGGGCUCAUAUUAGCCAUUCUGUCCACGAUGGCCAUUGGCACAAGUUUCGUCAUCACAAAAAAGGGUCUUCAACAUGCUAAUAGGCAACACGGCUUCGAAGGCGAAGGCUUCUCAUAUCUGAAAAGUCCGAUUUGGUGGGGAGGCGUCGUCACUUUGGCCAUUGGAGAAGUUGCGAACUUCGCCGCCUAUGCGUUCGCGCCUGCGAUUCUCGUGACGCCCUUGGGUGCACUCAGUGUGCUGAUCGGUGCCGUGCUGGGAUCCUAUUUCUUGAAUGAACGGUUAGGGACACUCGGUAAACUGGGCUGCGCAUUGUGUCUCCUUGGCUCGGUCGUCAUCGUGCUUCACGCACCGCCUGACAAGCCUGUGGAACGAAUUGACGAGAUUCUGGCAUACGCCGUUAAACCAGGUUUCCUCUGCUAUUGCCUCGCCGUCGCGAUCUUCUCUACGGUCAUGAUUUACCGAAUCGCACCCGUAUACGGAAAGAAAAACCCUCUGAUUUUCAUCUCGAUCUGCUCGACUGUCGGCUCCAUCUCGGUCAUGUCUGUGAAGGCAUUCGGUAUCGCAGUGAAACUGACUCUCGGGGGCAACAAUCAAUUUACUCACGCGUCCACCUAUGUCUUUGCCAUUGUGACCGCCUUUUGCAUUUUGACCCAGAUGAAUUAUAUCAACAAGGCUCUGAACGCGUUCUCAACCUCGAUUGUCAAUCCCCUAUACUACGUCACCUUCACGACAGCGACACUCUGCGCUUCUUUCAUUCUCUUCCAGGGAUUCAAUACCACCGAGGCCGUCAACACAAUUUCCCUGCUGUGCGGCUUCCUUAUCAUUUUCGCUGGAGUUUAUCUCCUCAAUCUUUCUCGCCACGAUCCUGAUGGUCGAAGUCUGGUCAAUGACAAAUUUGACGAUGAAGGUGUACCGACCGAUGCGAUCUCUGGCUUCCAGACUCGGCGAUCCAUGCAGUCUCGCCGAAGCUCAGUCAGCAUUGCCUUCAUGAACGGUCAUAGUGAUCGGGAGGGACUGAUUCAUUCCUACGACGUAGAGAACAACCGCGGGAUCGAUCUGGACGAUCUUGCAGAUAGUGGUGCAGAACCCGGUCCAACAUAUUCGCAUGGUGGCAGGAGGGAACAGACCUCGUUACAGAUCAAGCACGACACUCCCGCUUAG